UGUUAGUAUACGUACGUAACCGAACAUCACCGAAUGUACGCACGUGCCAUGUAUUAAUUCAUGAUUGUUACCAGGCUGUGUUACCUAUUGGAAAUAACACCAACAUGAUUUCGUCGUGACCUCUGUUAGUUCUAGUGUAGAUAAAUGUGGAUUAUAAACGGACUAUAACUUUCCAACUUCGUGAGAAGAGAGGAUGGGGCCCAACGAGGAGAAGCAGACGUGUAUUUACACUUUAACAACAGACAAGGCGUUACCGGAAGACAAUGGUUUAUGGAAAUGUGAGGUAACCAACAGUCAUGGAGUGACGUCUGCUACAUGCACAGUCAGAGUGUUAGACACAGACGCCUGCGCAGACGACACUGAAGUAAAGGGCUUGCCUCGUUUCGUCGAGACGAUUGAAAAUGUUAUUGCUACCGAGGACAAAGACUGCGUGUUUCGUUGUAAAACUAACCCAGCUGAGGUCUUUGAUGUGAAAUGGUACCGCAAUGACAUUCCAAUCGUGGGUUCUAUGCCUGGAAUGGAAAGGUAUUACAUUUCGUCAGAAGAAGGGGUCCAAACACUUGAAAUCAGAAGAACAAGACCACGUGACGUAGGUGUAUACAAAUGUAAAAUUUACAACAAAAUGGGAUGGACAUCAUGUGAUGCAAAACUGUUUGUUGAAGAUCCAUCGGGUAAACUUGACGUUGUGAAAUACACGCGGUCAUAUGAAUAUGCCUUGGUGGACUCCAUAAAAUCCCGGAAAGCCCUUGAAAUUAACGAUCGAGGAUUCAACGAAGCUGACGUUCUUCUAAGUUCAAUAAGUGACACAGACACUAUGAAGAAAUUUCUAAUAAAAUGGCAGCUAGAUAAAGACCAAAAUCUGUGUUUUCCAAUUCACUUGAAGAACAAAUGUGCUGUGGAAGGCUCAUUAACCGUUCUUAGUUGUUUAAUGACCGGAAAACAUCCUGCCGAUGUCAGAUGGUACAGGAACAAUAUAGAAAUAUUUGACGGCUUUAAAUAUUAUUUGAAGUGUUUACAAGGUAUUUUAAGCCUAACAAUUCCAAACACGGAAAUAACAGACACGGGAAACUACACAUGCGUUGUUAAAAACAGACAAGGAAAGAUUUAUUCUUCCUGCUACCUUCAAGUUGAACCCGCUUUGGAAACAACAAACGAAGUACCUGUGAAACCAAUGUUUGUUAAGCCGUUAAAAAGGUUGACCGUUAACGAGGGUGAGCUCAUCAACUUCAGGGUAACCGCUAAAGGCAGUCCUGCUCCAGGCUUCAAAUGGUUCAAAGAUGGCUUAGAAAUUCACGACAGUGAACGAAUUAAGACAGAGGUAUUUCCAAAGGGCAUUGCAGAAUUGUCAAUCCAUAAUUCUACAGUGCGAGACAUUGGUUUGUACACAUGCGAGGCACAUAAUAUGGCCGGACGUGCACAGAGUAUGGUCCGUGUUAGUGUGAGAGACAAGUUCGAGCAGGAAUUCUGGAAAGGUCGUGAUUUAGACGGUGUUAUUGUUGCAACUGACGCAAAUGGAGAAGUCAACGGUGAAAUAGAAACUCCGGAAUUAGAUAAAGUGCCUGUAUAUGUUCAGAAAGUGGAGAGCAAGUUGUUUGACCGCAUUCCCGAUUUCACGAUGCGUCUACCGUCUUUCAUGCCCAUCCACAGUAAACAACGCUUCAUGCUGGAGAUAAGAUGUAACGGAAACCCUAAACCGUAUGUUAGCUGGUAUAAGGACGGGAUACAGCUGUUUGAUGAACAUCACUACAAUAUUUUGGCUGUUGGAGACUGGUAUGGACUCGAGGUUGCUAGUGCGAGACCCAUCGAUGCUGGCAAUUAUACAGUAAAGAUUGAAAACGAGGCUGGGCAAAUACAAUGUUCGUGCACAGCGGAAAUGCAGCUUCCAAUUUCUACUGAAGUUAGUUUUGCCACAGAAUUGGAUACUGCCGAAGAUCUUUCAUCAGUAAUUGCUGGAGUGGCAGCUUCUAGGACAGAUCUAGAGGGAACAGCUUUUAACAUUGCGCAUUUGGUUCCUAGUUUCCAUCUAUGCAACACGGAGGCCGACUGGACAACUAUAAUAGAUAAAGAGGUAGAAGUAAUAGAUGCCGAUGAAGCACCAAGUUUUCCUCAUGCCUUGCCGGAGAAAUUGACGCCUCACGAACACGACGAACACGUUCAUCUUGAAUGUCAAGUUAGAGGAGAACCCAUCCCUAAAAUUGUGUGGUUAAAAGAUGGCAAUGAUUUGGAAGAAGGCCCAAAUAUCAGUUGGAGCAUGGAUCCCAAAACUCGAAUUGCCUCAUUGCUGAUCGGGAAGGCUACUGUUGAAGAUUCCGGGCAAUAUUCGUGUGUCGCUUACUCAGAAUCCGGCGGACAUGCGUCAACCACAGCAGAUGUCCAAGUAUUAUCUGAAAAUACUGGGGAUAAUGAUUCAACGGAUGGAUCAAGGAAGACUGUCCCAGAGUUCAAGGUCAAGCUAAGUGAUAAGGAGACAACAGAAGGUGAAGAUGUGAAAUUAGAAUGUGUCGCUGAAGGUUUUCCAGCUCCUAAAGUAAAAUGGUACAAGAACGACGUGCCCAUUAAACCUACUAUAGGGAAGUACACUAUAACGAGCAGUAUCGAAGGUUCACAUUCACUUAUAAUUGCCAGCAUGCACAUGUCUGACAGUGAUUGUUAUAGGUGUGAAGCUGUAAAUGAAUGUGGAACAGAGGCUACAACAGCCCAUAUUGUUGUACAAGAGCCAUGUCUUGUGGGUAAGGACGAAGGCGAAGCCCCUUGUUUUGAGGGUCCUUUGCAUAAUGUGAACACUGAAGCCGGCCAGACAGCUGCCAUCAGUUGCGUUGCCAAAGGAACACCAACACCUACCUUAUCAUGGACAAAAGAUGGGGAAACGCUUGUAAACGAAGGAAGGGUUAGCAUUGAAUGUGAUGAUGGGAAAGGUUUGCUAACGAUAACUGAUACUACAGUUGGUGAUACAGGAGUUUAUAUAUGUGUAGCUGAGAAUGCUCUAGGAAAGGCUGAGUCGUGUGCAUCUAUCAAAAUAAAUGAAAAGACAGUUGAAGGUAAUGAUGAUACCACAGACAGCGCUGUCGUUGAACCGGCAGCCGACACUACAAACGAGAAAAAGGAAGCAGACGACGUUAAAAUCGCAGUUAAUGAAAAGGCAACUACUCAAGCUCCUGCAGGAAAUGUAACUGUUAAGGAAAUAACGGAACAAACUGUAACUGAAAUUGAUACAAAGUUAUCGACAUUGGUUCAACAAGAGACAACAACUGUAGUCAAAGAAGAAACAACACAGAAUUCCUCUAUGAGUUUAUUUACUGACUUUAAAAAGCGUCCGAGAUUUGUUAUCCCUCCUUUUUCUCAGUGGUCUAUGAAAGACACCCCUUUAAAGCUUGAAGUUGAAGUCACGAAAAGCCCGGAUAUGAAGGUCAACUGGUAUCACGAUAAUAAACUAGUUGUUCCCGGAGAUCGCAUUCAAAUUCAUGUACAAGACGGCGAAAGAUGAAAAGAAAACAGAAUUUAAGAAAACAACAAUGAAAUUAUCUCGAAAUUUAUUGACGAUAAGAAAUCCUAUUAUCCAAAUACAAAUUUUUAUAUCCUUAUUCAUUAUUUUGACACUGUCAGUGUUAUAUGAUUAUCUCCUAAGGACUAGUUUUCUUCACAAACAAUAUUAGAAAACCGCGGGUAUAUUUUUCAGGCAGAUAAAGUAGAAUGAUUCGUAACAAAAAAUAUUGGAAUCGCAACCUGGACAACGACUACAGAGGAAUUGCGAAAUGAAUGUCAAAUAAUGAAACCGCGAAAAGUACGACCAAUAUAAUAAUCACAGAAUGAACGUCAAUAAUGAAAUCGCGAAAUGAAUGGCCAGUAAAAAUAAUCGCGAAAUGAAUGACAAGUAAAAAUAAACGCAAAAUAAAUGACUAGUAAAAACAUCGCGAUAUCUAAACCAUCAAUGUCUUUUCCUGGAACUGUAGCUAGCUGUUUUUGAAGGUAGCAUUCAAGCUAUAUUCUUAUAAUUAUUUCUAUACUUUUUGUCCAUUACAGUGAUAUUUAUUUACAUAUGUCCGUUAAAUGUAGGUUGUUAUGUUUUAUUAUUUUUCAUUACGAUAUCUUCUUUAAGUUGUUUCUUAAGGGAUAUGUAUUUGUUAAAACCUAUUCCAACAUUUUUGUUAUAAAGUUUUGUUUCUUAACCGUCAUAAAUCAUGUGUAUAUUCGUUAUGUCGGACUGUUAAUAAUAAAAUUAUUAUCUUUUCUUA